GUUAACUCGUGGUGCGUUUUGGGCGCAUGAGUGUGUAAGCGCGCCGCCGCGGCUGGUUAAAGACAUUGUAGCGUUGUUGCACGCACAUACACGCUAUGGCGCUUCCGUGGCCUCUGCUGCUGGAGCUGCUGCUGUACGGUGGCUGUUUCAUCUGCGGGAUCGUCACAGCCGCCUCUGUUACAAUCUCACAGGGCAGUUUUGAUGGGAAGUGCAUGCUGUAUGGUUCAGUACGUCUGAACUCCUCAUCCAUCGCUGUGCUUUCAUCCAGUUCUCCCUCCCUUUGUUACUUUGUGUCAGCCAUCUCCGUGUGUGUGGCUGUCUUCUGCUUUUCACUCACACUCUACUGGAUCUACAUCGCCUGUUUUGACGGAGAGGUGAAAAGAGAGAAAAUAUGGAUGAAUGUUACUCUUGGCUUGUCUGGAGUCUUCCUCUUCUUCCUCUUGGUGACGGGAUGCAUCCUGAAAAUCGGCCGAGACAGACUGUGUGACUCGGUGAUUCAAACAGUGAAGAAUAUAACCAGAUGUGAAGAAGGGCAAAAUAAGCCUUGGAUGAGCCCUGUAAAUGGGAGCCAGUUUUACUCCAGACUACACAGUGCAGAGACAGCAGUAUGGGUGAAUUUCUUCUUUUGGUUGAUCAUAGCAGUUCUGGUCCUGAUCCAGCGUAACAAAGGGUCAGAAAUCCAGACAGUAGCAGAGGACCCAUCAGUGACCCCUUCUGAAACUGAGCCCUUCUUCAACCGCCCAGGACACUCUUAGUGAACAGAGACACGGCUAAUCUAUGUCGCUCCACACUAAAGCAGUCUAUGUGCCGCCUGAACACACACACACACAUACAUACAUACGCUUGCAUUGACAAUCGCACUGCUGGCUAGCAGUUGGCUAGCUGAGCCGAGAGGAUUUUGGCAGCGCCAGUAUACGGUCUUGAUUUUGUUCACUAGCAUUGCCAAGGGUUAGUUGCCAUGGUUACUGAUCUGUGGCUGGCAGCACAGACCUGGCAGGUGAUAGUGUGCGGUUGCCAGAUUGGUGGUGCGACCUGAACUGAUUGAGACACUGCUUUAUGUAAAGAGAUCAAAUCUGACAGCAUUUUCAGUGCUUCUAUAAGCGGUAAAACAAUAUAAAAAAAAAAUAUAAACUUGAGGAGCUGAUACUCAAAUCUUCACAAAAAAAAGGCUUUAUAUUUCUACACUAUGACUCUCUGGCUAAAACACUUCAUGAGUACAUAAGUCAAUUUAAAGACUUGUAUUAUAACAACCUUUAAAUUGAACCUAACUGACCUGGAGUCAAACCAAGUUAACAACUGUAGUGUAACUUUCAACCUUAAGUAAAACCUGCUCUAUAUCAAUGUACAACAUUUUCGCCCUCUGCUGUCUGUUUAUAUGAAUUACUCUGUAAAUCCCAUUGGACAGUGCUCCUAUGCAUAUUUUUUAUGUGUUUAUAAGUGUUUUCCCCCCAAUUUCACAUUUCUCCAACUCAUAGUCCUUGGCGUCCUUAACAUGGGCAAAACUGCUUGAGAGUGUCUUUCCGAGAGUGUUUGGCUAUUAAUCUUGUGCCCAGUAGAUGUGUCAUUUUUAAUGGCUUUUUCCUGCACAUAACCAUGGGAGGUAGGAGUGUGUGUGUGUGUUUGGGAUGACAGGGACAUAAAUCCAUAAUUUGGCCUGUGAUGGUAUCCGCUUUCCACAGGCGAAGUGCCAAAUCUGAGGUGCUGCCCACAGCACUAAAGUCCCCAGAAACACAGUGUCCUUGUCCACUAAAUGCUUCAUCAUCAUCAAAACGUUUCACCUCCUCUUUUCGUGCAACUUUUUGUACGUUUUCAUUUAACUUACGACUAUUGUUUUAGACCUGCUGGUUAUGGAUUAUGCACUGAUGUUUUUUUUUUUUUUUUUAUGAAUACUAAAUCUGUUGUAUAACCCACUAUGUCAGAGUUUAUGGCUAUGUGAACAUUUCAAAGCAAUUAAAUUUAUCAACCAAGA